AGAAGAUUGGAAAGUAUGCUAAUAUUUAAGGAUAUCUGGCAACUGUGCUCGUGGAAAAUGGUAGGAGUGCAGUGUAGAAUACAGGAAGUGCCUUAUUAUUCAUACCAUUGGAUAAAAAGGAUGUUCUCAGGCAUCAUCAAGAAUCCCAGAAUAGUUACUGUAAUGCAAAUACUGCAGGAUCUCAUUAAUUUACUUCAGGUUCGUCUACAGAAUGCUCUCAGUGAACCUCAGCUACACAUUAGAUGUGAAGAAGUGGGGAGAAUUCUGAAUGAAUCAACCAGUAAAGAUGCCAGCUUUGUAUUACGCACAGUUGUGGAGAGUGUGUUUGGAGUCAAUGGACAAAUGGGAUGGGGACUGAGGACAGUAACCCAUUCAGCCAUGAGUCGGGAAUUUGACCAAUUAAGACUGUUCUUAGGUCCAUCAGGACCACUGCUGUCACUCACAUACCGUCUAGCCAAUGAUCCCUUUCUCAUGUUCGAGUUCCCAGUGAUUUGGCUACCAGUCAAGUCAAGAGCAGAUAUUGAGGAAGGUACUCCUGGGAUGUUCUAUGUCAACAAAGUGCAGAAUCCUGGACCUGGAAAGGCACCAACAAAUAUUCUUUUGAAUGCCUUUGAAUUCUACAUCUUCCAUUUCACACACUUUUUAAUUAGUGGAGGCUCGCAGCGCUGGUCAUUGUCUUGGACUACUGCAGGUGAUGCACUAUAUCCUAGUUUACUGGAGGAUUAUUUGCAAACAUUCUUGCCAUGUGAUAGCUCCAUUCCCCCAGGUCCACCUAGUCCUCCUGUUUCCCCAAGAGGUGUUUUGUCACCAGUCUCUCCCAGGAGCAGUGGACCUGGAAAUGCCAACCUGUACCUGACAACUCUUGUAUCACCAAUUGCCUGCCGAACUGUUCGGACACCAGGACCCCAUGGGUAUCCUAGCCUUGAGGGGAGUGGUGCACAUGCAUCAUCUCCACUACAUGCGGCACAUAAUCCUCAUCCUCAGUUAAAUAUUUGGACCAGUCAAGUUUUAGUGCAAGUCCUCUUUGAGAUGUGGGUGAAUCAGUGCCUUCCACCUUCUAGAUCUCCAGGGCGUUCACCACCUUCUUCAGCUUCAGCUCCUCAUAGCAAUCAAGAAGUAUUUGUGCCGUCAAGUGAUCAUGUUCGAGUAGUAAGAAUGCUGAUCAAACAUCUACACUUCUUUGCAAAUAGUGCCAAAUCAGCUCAGCCAUCUCCCCUGGAUGAUCUUCGCAAGAAUGUGUGGACAAUGUAUCGGAAGAGUUUGUUCCAAUUCUUGCAUCACACGUUCAACCACUGGCCUUUAGACUCUUCAUUUAGACUUGUACUAGAAACAUGGUUGUCAUACAUACAGCCUUGGAGAUAUACUGAUUAUUCUCCAAUCAGUAGAAGCCCAACACAAACAGCUGCUGACUUCGAUACCCAACGAAUGGUAGAAGGAAAAUGGCAGGGAUUCAUUGCUGAAAAUCUUCUUUUUUAUACUUUGCUCUUCUACCAUCUUAUGUGCCGACUCUUCCGGUUAGAUCUCUCAGCACCAAAGAAUGCUCAUAUUCUCUUCAGAGUUACAAAGGUUUUCUCUCAAGCAAAUCUGGGAAGUUACAUUAGAGAAAUUGAAGAGGCUUUGGAAGACCCACACUUCAUGCACCGCUCCUUGCUUGGAACACCACACACCCUCAGCCCCCAUGGUGCAUUCUCAAGUCUUCAAGGUGACCAGUUUCCUGCUCGUUCACUUGCCUCAGUAGCAAGAGCACACCUUUUGGAGAUGGAAGGAUCAAGCCAUUCAUACAACCCCAUGUUUAGUUCAGGAAAUUUAGCAGUG